AAUUUGUUCCACAAUAUACAGCCUUUGCCAACAAGACAUUACUUUUAUUUUAACAAAUUUACCUCGACACACAAUACAGCAAGCCAAACAUAAACAGAAACACCAACGCCAAAUUCAAUCGAGCAAAUUUUGCAAAUUGUGAUAAAUUAGUGGUCUAGGUACAACAACAAACACACACAAAAAAGUGAAUAGAAAAAGCAGUGAAUAAAAUUAAAUUUAUGCAAAAUGCAAAAUCAAUCGGAACGUGUCAAAAUGUCAACGCAACAGCAACACAACAAAAGCAACAUGCACCGCAGAGUGCCCAGCCAGCAGCCGUUCACCUACAUCGCUCUGCUCUGCAGCAUACUCGCCUUGAUUUGGCCCGCCGAUGGCUUCAACUUCGCAAAACAACCGAAUAUUGCAGUUCCAGCGCCGCAACACUUGAAAUUCUUCCAGCCACAAACACGCAGUUCCUACUUCGGUUACACGCUGGUGAUGCGACCGACGAGCAUAAUUGUUGGUGCGCCACGCGCUCAGUCCACACUACCGGCGCAGCGAAAUGUCAAUGAAACUGGUGCCAUAUAUCGGUGUUCGCUGUCACCGACUUCCACAUGCAAUCCAUAUGUCAUAGAUGACAAAGGCAAUUUCACAUUCGAGCGACCUGACUCGUACACCUACGAUAGCGAGGCGCGCAACAAUCAGUGGCUAGGCGGCGCCAUGGACGGCGGCACAAAGGAUACCGAUAAACUGCUUAUAUGCGCACCACGUUUUCUAUCGCCAACCAUUAGUGAUUAUAUAAUGAAUGGCGUGUGCUACUGGGUUGCCGAUACGCUGGACGAUAAUCCUAAAAAUGUGCAAAGAAUUUCACCUUUAAGACUCAAGUCGGAUCAAAUGAGACAAAUUAAUGGUCAUCGAAUUUACUAUUAUAUGCUUGCCGAGGAGGGUUUGAGUGCGCACGUCACAGAUAAUAAUGAGGAGUUCGUCAUUGGUGCGCCUGGCAUAAAUACGUGGCGUGGUUCGACGAUACAUUGUCGCAAGCGGUUCGAAGAGGAUCCCACACUAAGUCGACGUGAUACAAGCAGUCUGUCCAGAAAGCGUGUAAUACGAGAUCUUGAAUUUUCCGGCCAAUAUACGUUGGAUACUGGGGAAUUACAAAAUGAUUCGUAUUUCGGUUAUGCUGUCGGUUCGGGUUACUUUGAUAGCAACGACGAAACUGAGCUGUUUUAUGUAGCUUCAGCGCCGCAAGCCAACCUGCAGUCAGGCGAGGCCUAUUUGUAUAAAUACUCUGAAGACAGUCUGCUCAAAUUGAAGCGUAUCUAUGUGUUUCGUGGUGAGAAGUUUGGUGAAUAUUUCGGUUACUCACUGAUUACUGAGGAUCUUAAUGGUGAUGGACUUACCGAUGUGGUAAUCUCAGCGCCACAAUACUCGUCAACGAACUACUUCGACAACGGUGCCAUCUAUGUAUUUCUGAACAAGGGAAAUUUCAAUUUCGAAAGAAAACUUAUCAUAUCGCCGGUGCAAGGCAAGGCACGUUUCGGUACGACCCUCAGCCGCUUGGGUGAUAUCAAUCAUGAUGGCUUCAAUGAUAUCGCAGUUGGUGCACCAUUCACCGGUAAUGGCGCAGUCUUUGUCUAUCUCGGCAGCAGUAGCGGUUUACGCGAAGAGCACAGCCAACGUCUGGAUGCGCCAGAGUCGGUGAGCAGCAAAUAUGGUGAGCACAUGUUCGGCCACGGUCUCUCCAAGGGCGUCGAUAUCGAUCGCAACGGCUUCAAUGAUUUUGCCAUCGGUGCACCGAAUGCCGAAGCGGUUUUCGUCUAUCGUGCCUAUCCAGUUGUUAAGAUACACGCUACUGUCAAGUCGGCAACUCGUGAAAUUAAAACCGAUCAAAAUUCAUUCAAAAUCACGGCCUGCUAUAAAAUCAGCACCACAUCCACACAGUUGACCGGCCAGGACUUGGCCAUACGCAUUGUCGUAGAUUCGCAAGUCAAGCGCGCCAAGUUCAUACAGACGCGCACGAAUGAGAUCAGUUUUAAUGUUUCGGCGGGCUUGCAGGAACAAUGUCGUACGUUCGACUGUGAAGUAUACACGAAUGUGGCGGAUAUAUUCAAGCCGAUCGAGUUGGAUAUGCAUUACGAACUAAUUAAUGGUGUGCCGAAAACGGAAGCUUUCUGCGAUAAAUGUGCCGCCGUUGAUCCCGCCGAACCGUCUAUAUAUCGAGAAAAAAUUAUCUUUAGCACUGGCUGCAGCUCUGACAUUUGUGUAGCCGACCUGGAAGUUAAGAGUCGGGACUUGAAUCACACUUACAUACUCGGCAGUAGUCGUACGCUUUCCGUUACCUAUGACAUAACGAAUCACGGUGAGACCGCUUAUCUACCUCAAAUCAGUUUCACUUCAUCGAAUCACAUGCCAUUCGCGAAGAUACCAGGAACCUGCCGUCCCAAAGAAAAUGACUACUUAGAAUGUGAUUUGAAGAGUAAUGAUGUGUCGAUGGCAAAAGGCGCCACAACUUCAUUUACCGUUACUUUCGAUGUGUCGAGUAUAUCGGGCAAAGCAAUGGUAUUGACGGCGAAAGUCUUCAGUACCGGGAAAGAGGCGAAUGAUGCCAAUAAUGUUGCGACCGAUGUUGUAACACUGGGUGAAUUCACGGAAAUCGAUGUUGUUGGUAUACCCAAAACAAAACACAUCAAUCUGGAAGAAGUGAGCAAUACCUCGCAAAUAAUCAAUAAUUAUGAGAUAAAAAGCAUGGGACCCAGCACAGUCGGUACUAUAGAUGUUGUUUUCUAUAUACCAGUAGCAUAUAAGGUGCCCGGUACUACGAACACCAUACAAAUAGUGGAGAAGGAUAGAAUAAAUAUGCAGGCUGUGAGUGACGCACAAACCGUUGUCAUCGAUUAUUUUGAAAACAAUACACAGCUUGUGAUGAAUGCGAUUGAAAGCACGUCCAGCACACACAGCACGACGAGUAUCAACUCAAACAUACAAAUAUACAAAGAGAAACAGAUCAGUACAACGUACGACUCAAUGGGGCUCUAUGAUUUGCCAGUCGAAAGCGAGAAUUAUUAUAUCGAUGACAGCAGCAAGUUCUCGCAAAUGUCUAUACGACGUAAACGUGAAGUUGCCGCCAACACGGCCACCAAAGCGCAGUAUGAGCGCAUCGUCAAGUCGCACGAACUGUUGAGUGAGGAUCUCAAGGGUAAGCUGCCCGUGAAUCGUACGAUAGUCUUCAACUGCCAUGAUCCGGAGAUGACAGUUUGUGUGCGCGCCGUCAUACGUUUACAUACUUUCAAGCCGGAAAACCCGCUUACCGUUAGCAUGAAAUAUCAGGUCGAUCUGCGAGAGAUCAAUCAGAUUCUGAUUGAACCAUGGGAAUAUUUCGUUAUACUCAUCGACGUGGAUGUGAAAAAACUCGGCGACUUGCAUCAAAAUACGCUGGCGAUACGUAAGAGCAUAGAUUAUAAUAUUGUGUCGAAACAUCAGCUCUAUGGCACACCAAUCUGGGUCUAUAUAUUAGCUGUAUUGGGUGGACUGUUGUUAUUGGCGGCAAUGACAUACGCCAUGUAUAAGCUCGGUUUCUUCAAGCGCGCCAAGAAAGAACAAAUGGAUGCCUUGGUGCAUCAAGGUUCAACGCAACCGGCACAAGAUGUGGAGCCAGAGGCGGAAAAUCUUAACACCGAAAGGAACUAAAAUGGGAAGAGUAAUAAAAAAAUAUUAUAUAUAUAUAUAUUUUAUAUACAUUAUAUGUAUAUAUACAUAUAUAUGUAUGUACAUAUAUUUUUAAAGCAAUAACAUCGAAACGAACGGCUUUAUCAUCACAUAGAAAAUGUUCGCUGGGAUUAACUGAAAGGAAUAAGUUCAUGCGCAAAAACAAAAAGAGUAGGUGCCAGUGUUGCAUUUGUAAAUUAUUUAAUAUAAUUUCUUUUCGAAAAAGCUAGAAAUGUUAAAUUAUCUGAAACUCUUGCUGUUUUUUAACUUUUUAAUCCUUAUUUUUUAAUGUUUUUAAUGCAAAUUUUUUUAAUUUUUAAAUUAAGUUACAAAAAACAAAAAGGUAAU